AGUGUUGAAUUGUUAAUAAUUAUAUCCAUCAGAUUUACGUUGUUGCUCUCAAAUGUUUUCGUAUUUGUUUAGAAGAUAGCUUUAUCUAAGUUUCUGUAUAAGUUAGAAGCCAAAAGCAGGCACAAUGGCGGUGCUAGCUGCAGCUCAGUUGCUGGACGAGUUGAUGGGCAGACAUCGGAACACCAAUCCAAAUGAGAAAAUAAAGAAACCGAAUUGGGAAGACCAGGAGUACUGCAAAUAUUACAUGGUGAAGUUCUGUCCCCAUGACCUCUUUGUGAACACUAGAGCCGACCUGGGCGUGUGCCCCAAGGUCCAUGACGAUGAGGUCAAGGACCUUUUUGAGAAGGCGGAAGCAUCGUAUAAGAAGUCGCAAUAUGUGGAAGAGUUUCUACGGUUUUGCCGGCACAUGAUAAAUGAUGUUGAAAGGAAAAUCCAAAAGGGCAAGCAAAGAUUGGAGUUGAUGAACUCCAAACCUGAAGGUCCACCGAUGACCCAGGCGCAAACUGAGAAAAAUCAGGAACAGGUCCAACUCCUCUCUGAGAAGAUACAGGCGUUGGUCCAAGAAGCUGAGGAGGCGGGUACGAGAGGCGAUGUGGAACAAGCUCAGGGCCUCAUGAAGCUGUGUGACCGGCUUAAAGAAGAGAAAGAUACCUUGCUGAAACAACAGGAGAACAGCCACUGGUCUAUGACCGCGGAGCUGGCUGCCGCCCAAGAGAAGCAGAUGGAGGUGUGUCCGGUGUGCGGCGCCUUCCUCAUCGUUGGUGACGCUCAGCAGCGCAUCGAUGACCACCUCUCCGGGAAGCAGCAUGUUGGCUACUUCAAACUCCGUCAAGCCUACGAAGAAAUGAUGGAGUCCCGUGAAAAGGAACUGCAAGAGAAAGAGAAGAAGCGCCGCGAAGAGCGAGACAGGGAGCGCAGCUCGCGCGGCGGCGGGCUCGGCUCCGACCGGCGAGACAGGGAACGGAUGGAAAGAGACAGAGAACGCGAUCGCGGAGAUAAGGAUAAGGAGCGGGACAAGAAGGAUGAUAAGAGCGACAGGGACAAGGAGAGGGACAAGGACAGGGAGCGUCAUCGGUCGAGCCGUGAAGAGAAGGGCGGCCGCCACGACGAGCGGGACCGCGAGCGGGACCGCGAGCGUGACCGCAGAUCGCGCAGGGAGAGAAGGUCGUCCCACGACCGCCCGCGUCGCCGCUCCCGCGAUCGCCACUAGCUUCUGACUGAGGUAUCACAAAUAGCGCCUCACACCGUUGGCACUCCGUAGACGAAGACCGGACCCGGACCACAUAAAGAGGUACUUUUGAAUUAAGCCAUCUAACCACUGAAGACAGAAGGCCGCAAGCAUAAUCCAGAAGUCCACAAUACUCCCGCGUUCCGAGGUGACAUAGAAUUACCCGUAGUUUUAAGACUUUUAAGGUACUUUGAUUGUUGGUUAGAUUCCAAAAAAUCUACUAAACUGUUAUCAUUUAAAUAGUUAAUUUAAUAUUGCAAUUUUAAACUACGUAAUAAGAAAGAAGCAAG